CCACCCCGUCCGAAUCCUCCACCUCCUCUAAACCCUCCACCCCGGUUAAAACCUCCCCCUCUUCCUCCUCCUCCUCUUCCUCCACCGCGUCCACCUCCUCCUCUGAACGACAUUGUCCUCAAAUUUUCUUCCGGUCAGCCAGCUGCACUCGAAGCUCCAUGCGAUGACAACACGUGUGAUCACGACCUGCCGUAAAGUUGUCCAGCUUUGUCGAGGAGUGUCGUAAACUCCACUGAGCGACGCAGCUCACAUUUAAAGGAACAAAAGGCAUCUCGAGUCAGCGAAAUUUAUUGAGAAUCGUUGUGAACUUACAGGUCAAUACAUCACCCAACAAUGGCAACAAAGGGUGAGGUGAUCAGGUGCAAGGCAGCUGUUGCCUGGGGCCCCGGGAAGCCUCUGGCCAUAGAAGAAGUUGAAGUGGCCCCUCCUAAAGCCCAUGAAGUCAGAAUCAAGGUUGUGGCCACUGGAGUGUGCCACACGGACUGGGAGUACCUGUAUGCGUCCGGAAAGGGAAUGACUUACAGGCCGUUCCCGUUAAUCCUCGGCCACGAGGCGGCCGGCAUAGUGGAGAGCGUUGGCCCGGAAGUCACCCAGUUCUCACCGGGGGAUAAAGUCAUUCCUCUUUUUUUGCCCUACUGUGGGGAGUGUGAACGCUGCCGAAGUGCGAAGACCAAUCUUUGCCGGAAAAACUGGGAAAACACCCAAGCGGGUGUGCUGGCUGAUGGCACGAGCAGGAUAUCGCACCAGGGCCAGCAGAUCUACCAGUUCCUGGGUGUGAGCUCUUUCUGUCAGUACACUGUGGUUCCUGACACGUCUCUGGCUAAGAUCAGGUCAGAUGCACCGCUGGAUAAAGUCUGUCUGCUGGGCUGUGGCGUCCCCACCGGGUAUGGUGCCGCUGUGAAGACAGCCCAGGUUGAGAAAGAUUCCUCGUGUGCCGUGUUUGGACUGGGAGCUGUCGGACUGGCGGCCGUCAUGGGCUGCAAGACGGCCGAGGCAAAACGGAUCAUCGGGGUCGACGUCAACCCCGACAAGUUUGAGAGGGCCGCUCAGUUGGGAGCCACCGACUGUGUCAAUCCAAGAGAUUACAACGAACCUAUCCAGGAGGUCCUGCAGAAGAUGACCGACGGCGGGGUGGACUAUGCUCUGGAGUGUGUUGGAAGUCCAGCUGUCAUGACCGCCGCACUUGAGGCCACGACAGAGGCCUGGGGCACCUGUGUCAUCGCGGGGUGGACGGAGACCGAGGUAAUGGACGUCAAAGUGAUAAAGAUCCUCAUGGGGCGCACCUUGAAGGGAACGUAUUUUGGAGGCUGGAAGAGUGCGAUAGAUGUGCCCAAACUGGUGGACGACUACAUGAAUAAAAAGCUGAAGCUGGAUGAGUUAAUCACCCACAACCUCCCUCUGGAUCAAAUCAAUGCGGCUUUUGACCUUCUGAAAUCUGGUAAAAGCAUCCGUAGUGUCAUCAGUCUGCAAGUGGACACUUAAAGAGAUACAUCAAUGCUUUUUUUCCUCUUUUUUUUCUCUUUUCUUUCUUUUCCACAAGCUGGAUAAUGGGCUUUUUGGAUGAUUUAUGGGCCAAAUUACCACAUUUACCACUAGAUGGCAGUCUCACACCAUACAAAAGCUUAAACAUUUGUGCAGGCGGCAUCAAAUCUUAUUUGGGGGGGAAAAGAUAGUUAAUCUGCAAAUAUUUCUACAUCUUAAUUCACGUUAAAAUCUCGUGUUUUUGUACUCGUUCCUCAAAGUUUUGAUGAAAUCAGAGAGCGAAAACAGAAGUUUCUCUGCUCUUACGUAAAGUAAAACAAGAUGUAAUUCAUAAAUAUGCAGCAUCUGCAGCAACAUCACGGCAAAUUCUCUCUACAUCUGUCAUACUUGGCAGCUACAGUAACAGUGAUUCCUGUCCAGACCAUCUUGUAUUAAGGAUGGGCUAAAAGACAGGAGCCCAAAUGGCAGAUUCUGUCGUCAGCCGUGGAGAAAUGUCUGCUUCAUGUGGUCGGGCUUACCAAAUUUCGUCCUUGGUAAUAUUAUAUAUUGAUUUAAAAGGGAGUCACCACGAAGGGCUAGAAUAACAGUUGUGGGCUGUCAGGGCCGAAGACAAAAGGUUGUUUUGGGAAUGCCUCAUGGUGAAGACCUGAAAUAGCUGUCUAAAGAAUUUGUUUUAUUGAGGCUCCUUUCAGAUCAAACGAAUACCCCUGGCAGUUAUCCUGAUUUUCCAUCCUUUCUUUUAAAAAUGGAAAAUAAAGUGGUGCUCCUCGUCUUAGCUUGGUCUCCUUUGCUUGUGCCAUCAAUCUCGAGUCGUACGGCUUAGAUCCCCACUUUCUCUCGGUAAAAAAAUCAGAAAAUAAAGAAAGCUUUUGACAGUGGAGUCAUGCAGAUAAUGAAGAAACACAAGGAGAAGGGGAGAUCAAUAGAAAGCGUGAGACAAGUUUUGACAGGUGGUCAUGCGACUGGGCACCGUCAUCUGUAAAUGUUGGACAAGCUCCCAGAUUUAUAAGGCUUUCUUGGGGACAUGUGUCUGAAUGUCUGCCUCAUCUAUGGGAAAACCUAUCCAAAGUGACGACCAUAAGUCUCCCACCUUUUUUUUUUUCUCCACCCCCCCCGUGCCUUUUGAUCCCUCUAGCCUGUGGAAUUGUCACAGCAUUCUGCAACUGAUACAGGGAGGACAUGCUGUCUGAAUUACAGCCGCGGCAUUGCACGCAUUGUCAAAAGUCUUAAUUGCCCAUCUCGUCACGUUUCACAUUCAUCAGUGCAGCUUUUGUGCAGAAAUCCUUUGUGGAGGAUAAUAACAUAAAGUCAAAUGGUAGAUAGAGAUAAGAGCUUUGACAUUUGGAAAUUAUGCUUUCUUAUAUCUGUGUUGUUUGUUUGUUACUUUCAUAGCUUCGAUGUAAAAUUAAUUGCUGACAGAGAUCAGAAAAAAGGGAACUGCUAUUACACAAAUAAAAAUAUAUUUGAGA